GAUUAACAGCGCUUUUGUCGGGGGGGACAAAGCGAAGCCCCUCCCAGCUGCUGAGCCGGGGCUUUCAGCAUGGCCCUUUGCCAGGGGAGGCUUUAAAAGGGUGGGGGCGCGUGGCUCCUCUCAUUCCCACGGCACGACACCAAAGGGCAUCAAAGCAAGAGCCUUUCCAACCGAUCUUUCUCCUUCCAGACAAGAUGACUCACCACUGCACCAAGUUCUCCGGCCACUGGAAGAUCAUUGUCUUCGACGAGGAGUGCUUCCAGGGCCGCCGCCAUGAGUUCACCUCCGAGUGCAGCAACGUGAUGGAGUUCGGCUUCGAGACCGUGCGCUCCCUCAGGGUGGAGAGUGGAGCCUGGGUUGGUUAUGAGCACGCCUCUUACCAGGGACAGCAGUUCGUCCUGGAGAGGGGAGAGUACCCCCAGUGCGACGCUUUCGGUGGCAGCAACGCCUAUCACAUUGAGAGACUGACCUCCUUCAGACCUAUUGCCUGUGCUAACCACAGAGAGUGUCGUAUGACUAUCUUUGAGCGUGAGAACUUCCUGGGCCGCAAGGGUGAGCUUAGCGACGAUUAUCCCUCCCUCCAGGCCAUGGGCUGGUGCAACAAUGAAGUUGGCUCUCUCAAGGUCCAGUCUGGAGCAUUCGUGUGCUACCAGUACCCUGGUUAUCGUGGAUACCAGUAUAUCAUGGAGUGUGAUCGUCACUGUGGGGAGUACAAACACUUCAGGGAGUUUGGCUCCCACUGCCAGACCCCUCAGAUCCAGUCCAUCCGCCGUAUUCAGCAGUAACAACUUACUCCAAACCCUUUUAUCCCACGUGACCCUUCACCUUUGACCCCUGCUGAUUCCCAGUGCUGAAUAAACUGUCUUUCUUAAACCUUACUGACUUCCACCAAUGUAUCUGAUUACCUAAUCGAUCACACAGACGGGUUCCGCACUUACGCUCAUGUUUUUUUCUGAGCUACAAUUGAUCCUACACACUUCACACGAUUGUGUACGGAAGCUGUCUGGUGUCAGAUGUUUGGCAAUAAAGGUUGGAUUUUAAAAAAAAUUAAUCAAUGAAGAACUGAGUUUAUAAUGCUGAAUGUUGUGCACAAAAUAAGGUUAUUAUAAGGUUAUUAUAAGGUUGCAUUGACAACAUUUGAGGUUGCAUC